CGUCACAAUUACGACUUGGAAACCUUAGUUCGGGAUCAGAGUAAAACAAAACCAAAAGAAAAAAAUGGGAGCAUCCUUUGCCAAGCUCAACUGCUGUGGGAAAAUACGCAAUAACAAAAUAGGCAUUGUUCCAAGUUCGAUCGAAAUAAUAAAAAGAAUCGAAACUCGAACAUCUCCAGAAAUAUUGCAGGAGUUACAGAGUGUUGGAAUUAUUUCUGUACGUUCAGGUGGUAUGAGCUUUAUUGUCGAGACAUUAACAGAAAAUGAGAUGAUAAAACCAAGGAGACUUCCAGCUAUCUCUGUAUCUAAAGUGUCACCAAGAAGACUCGCUGACAAAUCCAGGGCUAGUACGUCAAAAGAAAUCGGUAGUAUAUAUGAUAAUGCAGAUAAGGAACUUAUGGUCGAGAUUCGACGCAUGGAAACCUUGGCUGAUAAAGGAAAAAUGGCAAAAGAAUCGGAAAGAAGAAGGCAGGCAGCAAAAGAAAGAAGGGAUAAUCGAAAUAAAUAAAACUCAGAAAAAACGAAAAUAAAUUAAAGACAGGAAAUAGAGUAGAACUAGCUAUCUCUCAGACUAAAAGAGAAAAGAGAAGAAAACCUGCCAAACCUAUCGUUUCCAUAUAAACUUUACGAUACAAAAUAAUUUAAAAAAAAUUUAACGAAUAUUUUCCAAUG